UGGUUCGAUCUCCCCAACAGCCCAGCCUCAUAUCUGCCACGUCAGAUACUGUAUAUAACUAUCCUCCUUAGAAGCCCGGACCGUGACCGGUCUGCCCGAUAUUGUAUUACUUGAAUAUAGUUUAUCCUGAUAAAACGGUUAAGGGAUUUCGAAUCUUAUAAAUUAUCUCCGGUCGAAGAUCAUGCCUGAUUCAACUAAUCCACAACCUCGGCGGAUAUAUAAACCAAGAGUUCCGGGCCGGAAGUGGCUAAAGAAGGCGAUAUCUUGGCGAUCCGAGCGACCUCGACUUUGCGAAAAAUGUCAACGCAUCGAUUUCUGGAACCCGGACUCGGCUCCAGCCCAAGAGUUUCAUACAACUUUUGAAUACCGGAAAUAUGAGGAGUCGACACUGCCCUGUUCACUGUGUACGCUGAUCUUGCACCGGCUCCCGAACUUUCGAAUGCCGGGAUGCGAGGAGUAUGACCCGAUCCCAAUCACCCUGAAAUUCAGGGGUAACCAGGCAUAUGUGUGGAAUGGAUCGAGAAAUAUUGGCAAGAUUCGUCCAUUGGGAGAACAUGAAACGGGUAUUAAGCUUUAUGACGAUUCCAACAUCGAUGUUGGACUGAUCAAGAGAUGGUUAGAAAGAUGCGACACAGAGCACAACGAAAAACAAGAAAUUCGGAAUCCCAUUCCCCUGACCCUUAUUGAUGUCCAACGGCACUGCCUCGUUCGUCGGUCCUCAAACGAACGAUAUUUUGCUCUCAGCUAUGUCUGGGGCGGAGUCAAGCAAUUCGAAACCAAAAUUUCGAAUUUCGAGGAAUUGCAAACCGAAUCCUCGCUUUUAAACCACCAGCUUUCAAAAGUAUUACGAGAUGUCAUCGCGUUGAUGAGAUCCAUUGGAGAACAGUAUUUAUGGGUGGACUCGCUGUGUAUUAUCCAGGAUUCUCACGAGAAGCACCAUGAUAUCCACCAGAUGGAUAAGGUCUACUCACACUCAUACCUUACCAUCAUCGCGGUCGAUGGCAAGAAUGCAGACUCUUCCCUACCCGGGAUCCAACCCUUCUCCAGACUUCCGAUCUACAAGUCCGCCAAAUUCAACGGCCGUACCUUCGUAUCCGAGCCGCCCGACUACGUCGACACCCACCUCCUCGAUUCUAACUUCGAGACCCGCGCCUGGACUCUCCAAGAGCGGAUGCUCUCCUCCCGAAUCCUAUACAUCACAUCCCAACAAGUCCUCUUCCAGUGCCAGACCGAUUUCUGUGCGGAAUCCAAGGCAUCUCGGCACGGCGAGUUUAAACGCACGAAGAGCGGGAUUCCGGUCUCGUGGCAAAUGCUGCAAGUGCCGAUGGAGGGGAUUUAUGACGACCGAUGGGAAGAUAUGAGUGGGAUGAUUCGACCUGGCACGCGCGGUGGUGUGCUGGUAGGAAAGCGAGUGAGCGAUCUCGCUCGCAUUGUCGACAGUGGAGAUGUCGACACUGCUGCAUUGCUUCGUGAGAUUCCAGGAGCGGGAAGGAGAGGGUCAAGAGGGCCGCUUCACCAGCACACCCCCCAUGACAGUCUGAUUUCACAGUCAUCGGCGGAUCCCAGGGUCUCCGCUUCCAAAGCGCUGGAUCUUGAUAUUGGCCGUCAUUCUAUUUCGACCGAUCUGACUUCCGAGCUUUCACCUAGCACGGAUUCGUUGAGCAUGGACUUCUCGCUAAGCAUUGGACCAACCAGUCUGCGCUCGCUGCUAGAAGCCGGUGAGGGAGAGAUUGACGGGUGCUACAACGUCGCAGCCAUGACUAAAGGACAUCACAACCCUAUUGAUCUCGACCCCAGCCCUGGCCUCAAGCUCCGCGGUCCUAGUCUUACCUGGGCUGAGCUCCUCCCCUUAUACCAAGAUCUCGUGGAGAUGUACACCGCCCGCCACCUCACCUACGACUACGACAUCCUACGCGCUUUCCUCGGCCUCUCCUCCAUGCUCUCCAAAGUCUGCGCCUCCCGCUUCCUCUACGGCAUGCCGUCCGCCGUCCUCGCCAGCUCCCUUCUCUGGGGUCCUAAACACGGCUGCGAGCGACGACUCGAUCGGUAUGGGAACGCUGUCUAUCCGUCCUGGUGCUGGGCGGGAUGGGCUGGGGCGGUCACGUAUCCGUCGGUGGUGCGAGGCAUGACCAAGGACUUUUCAAGCACGGUACGGUUUAGGCUGCCUUGUUCGAUGGAAAUCUGGGUGCAUGAACCGGAGAGGAGUAACUGGGCGGAAGCACAGCGGUGUGCAGUCCUUUCGUUCAGGAGCAUCGGUAUGUUCUGUACCCCAACGGUAUGUGCCUUAGGAACCGACGACGCGACCGAGGCGAGUUACCAGACCUUCUCCGUCGACGCCUCCGGCUACUCCUGCGGUGUCUUCUUCGGGUGCUGCCUCCCGGGAAUAUUCCCCUCCGAGGAUUUACAACGGCAUGCCAUCGUAUCUCUCGGGGUGGAUGACGGCGAGUAUGAUCUACGAGCGAGCUAUGGGCUUACGUAUCCGUUAUCCCGGGAAGUGGGAGGAAAGUACAGGGGGAGGACGCUGCAUGUAUUGCUGGUUCGGGAGAGGGGGAGGCGGUUUGAGAGGGUGGCGUGUGGGAAGAUGCUGGAGCCGGCUUUUGAUAAGAGGGAUGGGCUACGGAUGAUAGAGCUCCAAUAAUGCAGCAGAUGUUCUUGGUCAGUCGAUCCAGUCCUGAUGGUGCAUCAGCCACCCCUGCGUUCGAUUGCCAAGCCCUGGAAGCCCCAACGCCCUGGGAUCGUGGCGGUGCAAUCCUUGGCUGCAGUGGUUUGGAUUUACGUACUCCGUAAUCUGUGAGCUACCGAACUUCCGUUUCUAGUUUAGCGCCACUCUAUCAGGUAUCGCGCUCUUUUCCGUUUUCAAACCUUCAAACCAUCAGAACAUAAAUACCACC